AUGACGAUCAAGUUAUCAACUUACAUUUGCAUCGUAUUAUUCGGCUCUACGUCAUGGCUGAGUACAAAUUCUGUAUGGUUAGAGCUGCCGUUACUUACCGAGAAACUACCAGAAGGGUGGAGUUUGCCGUCGUAUCUGACUGUUGUCGUACAGAUUGCUUCUAUUGGUCCAUUGAUUUACAGUAUCAUACGUAAAUUAUCAAAAGUAUCUAUUCCAAUACCAGCUAUGAUCUUAACAUUACUUAUAUUUUGCUGUUUGUGCACCGUGCUGAUGGCACUGUUUUGGUCUCAAACCAUCUUCUUGUUUGGGCAAGAACGAUCUGUCGUACUAAUGAUCCUACUUUUUGGUAUGGCAUUAGUUAAUGCAACAUCAAAUGUACUUUUCAUGCCAUAUAUGGCUACGUUUCAUGAUUCUUACUUAACGGCAUAUUUUGUUGGCAUGGGCUUAAGUGCUUUAUUUCCGAGUAUUGUUUCGAUUUUGCAAGGCAGUGGUAAUAAUUGCGUUGUUGUAAAUGGAACGUCGAUACAAACCAGUGGUAUUUUACAAUUUGGCGUUAAAGAAUUUAAUUUCAUAAUGCUUAGUUGGAUGCUUCUUGCUACCGUUGCAUUUGUUUGCUUAAUUUUUCUUAAAAAUGCUAAAAUUGCCGGAAAAAAAGAACCUUCAACGGACCAGUCACCUAAGAAAUUAUCUCCGUCAGUUGAUGAACCUGGCUCACCUAGCAGUAGAGAAUUUAACCCUUUGAAUCAGUGUGCGGAAACGUAUGGCGCUGAAAAUAGAUCACGUACUAAUAACUUACGAUUCAUGUUAUUAUUAUUUUUGAUAGCAUCCAUAAGCGCUCAAAUGAAUGGAAUCGUCCCGAGUGUUCAAAGUUACGCAUCAUUGCCUUUCUCUCAGAAAACAUACCAUCUUGGUUUAACAUUAUCGAAUAUCGUUUCACCAAUUGUUUGCUUUUUACCCCUUUUUGUGAAAAUUAAUGGUUUACCUGUGUUGGUGUCAUUAACGAUGGUAUCAACAGUGCUAACCGGAUUGAUUAUCGCUUUUGCAGCUAUGAGUCCGACACCCAUCUUGCAAUUUUCUGCAUGGGGAUCUGUUCUCAUUAUAAUUGUGGUGGUUUGCUCUGUAGCAUUGAAUUCAUUCCUUCGAACAGUUCUAGCAACUGUAUUGGGUAAUGACACAAAUGAUAGGGAAAUGAGGCUUUUCUGGGGUGGAUUAUUUAUACAGGUUGGAUCUCUUCUGGGUUCAAUUGCAAUGUUUCCAUUAAUCAAUAUCCUUCACUUGUUUAUUCCUGCACCACCAUGUCAAUAG